AUGAACAAGAAUCCCUUCGUGACUACACCUGCGUACAAUCCGCAACAACCGCCCCUGCCGCCAGGUCCUCCACCACCUCAGCCUGCUCAGCCGGAUUACUCUGCUUAUUGGGCUGCAGCUACUGCAGCACAGCAUGCUCAGACGCCGGCGGUUGGUACCUUCACUCCGCACUGGUCUACCUCACAGCCAGCACAACCUGCUCGACCUACUCCUGAGCAGUCUGCUCUGUACGCGAACUAUGGCUAUGGGGGCCAACAGAACUUAGCCUGGCAGCAGCAGCAGCAGCAGCAGCAGCAGCAACAGAGGCAAGCUCAGCCUCACUUCCAACCACCCCCGCCUGUUGUUCAACCACCCCCUCAGCCUCCGCCUCAGCCCGCCUAUAAUCCGUACCAGCCCCAAGCGGGCGCGUAUCAGCAACCUUACGUUCCUCAGCCCGGUCCUGCAGCUCAACAUGCUCCCCAGACUACGUUCCAGUCACAUGUCCCACCCCCUCAACAGUUCCAACAGCCACAACAGCAGCCGUUCUUUCACCCACAGCAGCAACAGCCUCGCCUCAACAACCGCAAUAUCCACCAGACAUCACCUCAGCAAUUCCCACCUGCGAAACGACCGCGGUUCGAUAGUCCCAAUCAGCACCGAGGAUCAGCUCCACCACAGCCACAGUUCCAACCUCCACCGCCUCCUCCCAUGCAGCAAGGUGGUGGGAUGAGCUCGUUCGGACCUGGGCCCGGUCAGGGACACCACAGUCGAGGUGGUGGUCCCUCUCUUGCUCAGCUAUCGAUGGGCGCAGGCCGGGGUGGCUACGGCGGCAGUCGCGGUGGGAGUAACGCUGGAAGAGGCAGAGGUGUACCGAUGGGAAUGAACAGAGGUGGGAACAGGAGCAGAGGAGGUGGGAUGUACAACAAUAUGGGAGGGCGUGGUGGUGGUGGCGGUGGUGGUCAGGCCGGGGGAAGUUUCCGAGGGCAUGGGUCCAACCGAGGCUUUGGAAACAGGGAUAACCGGAGAGGUGGGUCGUUCUCUGCUGGAGGCGGUCAAGGAUACUCGCACGGUUACCAGCAGCAGCAACCGCACCAUUAUCAGCAACAGAACUAUUCGAGUUCCUCUUUCCGUGGCCGCAAUCAAGGGUUCUCCUCCUCUCGUGGUGGUCGUCAUGACGCAAGUGUCAUGCACAGUGCGAAGGACAGCGGUGUCUUGAUGUCGUCGAGUUUCUCUUCGGGUAAAAAGGAUGAGAACAGACGGACACUGACGGAUUUUAAGAUCAUCGGGCUGGAGAUUCGGGACUUGUCUUGGAGCUGGGGUGUCUCACUACCCGAUUCUGUCGAGCCGGCGGUGAAGGUCGAGAACGAGAAUCCUCAGAACGAGAAUCCUUCUUCGUCUGAGCCAUCUGCGGAUGCUCAGGCAUCAGAGGCCAUAUCUGCUUCUCCUUCAGUCAAGGUCGAGGGUGUUACGGUCAAUUCUGAUGAUGCUCUUAUGGACUCUACUAAAUCUGCUGAGGACGUUGCCAUCCCUGGGGAGGCAACGAAGAUGGAGGAAACUAGUUUCAUACCUCCUCCCCCGUCGCGGAUUCGCAUCUAUUUUCACACUCCUGUGACUGCUGAUGAUGCCCACCCGAUUACGCCGCAAUCCUCAUUCUCUCUUGGUUCAUCUUCCGCCGCUAACACAAGGAAGGGGAAACGAAAGAAACUCGAGGAUGAUGACGGUGAUGCGGAAGAUGGUCGAGGUCCUCCUCCGCCACCGCCGGGUGCUGAGCACGACGGUGUGAGCGUCGCCGCCAGCGUGGAUUAUGAUGUUGAAAAUGCGGCGGGCCGUGACAGUGUCGCACCGAGUGUCGCAGAGACUGUCAGUGAGGGGGACUGGCUAAUGGCCGCCAUCGGCGGCGAAGAGGGUGAAGGCGACGGGGACGAUUCGCAUUUCAGCGACGUCAAAGAUUAUCAUGAUCUUCAUAUUGGUGGUGGCGAAUAUGGCAAUGGUUAUGAUGAUAUGCAAGGGGAUGGGCACGACGAUUAUCAUAUGCUGGGCGAUGACGAUGCUCAGGGCUCCGUGGACGAGCAGUAUGAGAACGUCCUGAAUGCCGAGCUUGGCAGUAUGUCUUCUGCUUCUCAUGGUCCGAACGGUGUUCACUCCACAGAGAGCCUGCCAUUAAAUGGCCCAGCAGACGUAUCUUCAGACGUUGCUGCUCAUCGCCAAGAGAAUGGCGUGCCUGCAGUGAAUGGGAAAGCUCAUCAGGAGGUUGGACCUGAAAUCCUUCCGGAUGUACAGUCAGCUCCUCCCGAGUCGUCUGUCGUCCAUGAUGUUUCUGCUGCUGUGGUUUCACCAUCCGUCGAGCCUACUUCUGUGCCUCCUGCGGAUGUCGCUAACAGUACACCACAUGUUGAUGCGCAGGCUCCCUCCGAAAGUACUUCUCACAGUGGCGGUGCCCCUCUCCAGGCUACCGACUCUAUUGCAUCUACUGUACCUGAUACAAACGUGCAAGACCCGAACCUCUCUUCGUCCACCACUGCGAAUAAAGGCGACGCAGCGGACACAGCGGACGCUAUCGAAGCCGAGUUGCUCAUGGAACCUACACAGCCCGCUCAGGAAGAAUUUUCGCAGCUCGACGUGCCGACUACAGAGCCCUCUGCAUCCCCCGUUUCGCACACGCUCGUCUCGCCAUCUUGCCCCCCUUCGACGACAAUUAGUGAGCCUUCUAAUUCGCAGUCGCCUCAGAAGACGGAUGGGAAAGCUGGCAAGACUGCUUCAGCCAAUCGUCUCUCCAUCUCGUUCGCAGCGGGCACGAGAAGGCUGGUUAUCGACGCGGAGAUCGUCGACAAGCUGAAGGUAUUCAGAGGAGAGGGCCGUAUCGAAGUCUACAUGAACGUUGACAAAGACGACGCCGGUGGCUUCAAAGGCAUCAUGAUUGAGGGUUUUUCUGAAGCGACAUCGUCAUAUGUCCCUCUGGAAAUAUCAGAACAUCCUGACGCCGAUCCGACAGUGCCUGCGUUUUCGAAGGUUUCACUUCCUUCAAAGGUUACGCUCAUCGGGCACUUGGACAGGGAACGUCCACUCUCGGAGCCUAAAUGGGUGAAGACGGGAGACGUGCAGGAGUGGCUGAGGAGCAUGUUUGGGCGCAUGUUUUGGGUUGCCGGUGACGCAGCGGAUGGCUGGGAGAAGAAGAUCGAGGUCGCUGACCCUGAUCCGCCCCCGACCAUUUGGACCCUCCUGGAGGCGUGGGCCGGAAAUUCCAGCGUUGGCCUUGUCAACGAACGCCAGCGGUUCCUGCGAACACACAUGACGGAGACUGACAACAUCCUGGAAAUCCUCCUUCGACUCGUGCGCGGGGAACGUUCCUCGUACAACCAGAAUACGCCAACCAUCUCCGCGCCGAGCGUCUCGGGGCCGCUCCUUUCCGCGCUCUCGCAGGGCUCUGCGCACGGGGCGCAGCAGACACACGUCUCGUUGGCCGUGCUGGCGAUCUUCCGGCUGGCGGUGGAGUAUGCGAAAAAAGCCGCACCCGACACUGGCAAGGGCGAGGCGGAGGCGCGCGUGGGCGAAAUCAUACGGUGCCUGCCUUCGCACUUGAUCUACAAGAGUCUCGACGGGAUCUUCAAGGAGUGGCGGGUCGAGAAAAAGGGCGGGAGAUAA